AUGGACUUGGCAGAAAUAUCUGAAGAGGUGUUGGAAAGUUUAAAAUGGUUGAGAGACAAUUUGCAGUCAUGGGCGUUAGUACUUAGUCAUUGGAAAGUGACUGCGAAAUAUAGGGAGGAAAAAGGAAAACUUCAGUCAUUUCAGAAAGUUGCCGACAUUUUUACGGAGUGGAAGGUACUUGAAAAUCCUAAAGGAUAUGAGCUGAUUGACAUCGAUUUUGAAUUACGAAAUUUUACAAAUGAGAAGGAUUCAAUCAAAAAUUGGUUUCAUUUCUUCAAAACGCUAACUGAAGUGAGACCUAAGGCAUUGCCCGAAGAGUUCGAUGCUUUAGAAUCACAAGAGUGUGGCGAUAAUUUGAAAGCCAUCUUGCAGUUAAAAGCAUUGCCACAUUUAGUCCCUCCAAACGGUAGGCUUAAAAUAAAAGAAGCUGGAAGAUUCAAGCACUGGAAACCGUCAACAGCAGAGGCAGUAGAAAGCUUAAUUAUACACACAAAGAUUGCUGGUGAUAUCACUAAAGCUCGACAAGAGCGAGAAGAUGUAAUGAGAAGAAAAGGCCUCAUAUUGCAACAUUUCAUUUUUGUGGUCGGAGAGACAUUAGAAAAUGCAAGAGACUUUUUUGUUGCCAUCGAUAACUUUUUAUACUCAGUAACUUCUGCUCUACAGGCAAUUGAUAUUUGUUUUAAAUCUUUCCACGUGCUUAGGGCCAAAUAUCCCUGUGCCAGCGACCACAUUUGGUAUAUUAUACAGCGGUUUCUUUAUAAGUUUGAAACACCAUACGAUGUGAAGAAGCCUUACGCUUUAGAGAUAAUACAGGCUUUAAAAAAUCUUGAAUCUAAACAAACUUUAAAUAAGGAAGCUGAAACAAACAUGGAAUGUUGAGUUUUUGAAGUGAGUAAUUAAUCUUGUAACUAGCGUUCGAAUCAGUAAAUGAAACAACAAAAUGUACAAAUGUCCACUUUGCCAUGAAUGCUGUAAAAGCGAUAGAAUUCUAUUAAGCCACUUUAAAUUUAAGCACUCUGUGCAAAAAUUUCAAGCAUUAAAGUGUCAACAAUUAAAUUGUGACCGCGUUUGCACUAACUUUUAUGGUUUCUUAAAGCAUAUAAAAAGUGAACAUAAACAAGCACUUGUUACUAUUAAUAACGAAAAUUGUGUCCUACCAAAUCAGUCUUUGUUUCAACAAACAAAUCAUGAAUUUGAGUUAAGAAAUAGGUUGCAAACAUGUUCCGUUCAACAUGUCUUUCAAUCCAGUAAAAAUAAACAAUGCAUACAGGCUGAAGAUAUUACC